AUGAACUUUCUUUUUAAAAGCGGUGAAUCGUCACCAACAGAAGAAGAGAUUAAAUCUGACGAGUCGGUGUACCCCACGGCCGACGAUGUGGAUUUCAAAGCUUUCGGCAAUGAAAGCAUUCAGAUUCUACUGGACCGUCAUACAGGUGACGACAAGGUCACAACAUGGGAAAUUGUAGAAGAUACGGAAGCUAUCAAGAUCUGGCGUGGAGCCGUCAAGGACUGUGACUGGUGUCCAUUCCGUGCAGCUCGUCGCAUUGAAGCCAACAAGCACGUCAUUGAGCAAGUGCUGCUGGACCCGAAUCGUACACUGGAGCUGGAUGAGAUGAUGGAGGGCAUUGAGACAUUGCGUGACAUGGGCGAAUCACAUCACUUGGCCCUCCGUCAGAUCACUAGCAAGGGUCAGUUCCCCAUCUCUGGUCGGGACUUCCUCGUGGUCACCUAUGCCACGACGCUAAAGGACGGACGCAUCAUCAUUGCUACACGCUCUGUCAAUGUGGCAGAUAUCACCCCUCUUGAGGGAUACGUGCGUGCCAACAACUACAUCUCGGGCUAUAUUAUUGAAGAAUUUAAAGAAGCCAACGGUAAAGUGUACUGCGUCGCGACUCUCCUUGCACAUGCUGACCUGGCUGGACAUAUCCCAGCGGCCAUCAUCAAUAGGCUGGGGACGUCCUCGACUGUCAAGGUCCUUGAUAAGUUGGAAAGCAUCGUGACGACCAAGAUAGACUGCCACUAG